AUGACUAGACGACCUAGACAACAACAUCGCGACAAACGGCCCUUCCGGGUCUUCCAAGCCAAUGUUGGCAAGGAUGGCCCCUCGCACGACUGCGCGCUCGCCCUCGCCGACGCGGAACGAUACGAGGUCAUACCACUACAGGAGCCCUGGACGCAAGUCCGUGACUCCCGCUGCCUCACCAAGACACACCCGGCGUACGACACCUACUCACCGGUCAGCACCUGGGAAGACAUCGACACCCGACCGCGCGUCAUGACAUAUAUUCGCCGGGGUGCAAGACUCUUAGCCGACCAGCAACGUCCCGCUCUCUCCCGAGACAUUCUCUGGCUCGUGGUCAAUGGCGUCACUCUGGUGAACGUCUACCGGGAACCGCACGUUGACACCGCCCUCGAAGUACUGUUCGCAAGGCCGAUGCCCAGCCAAUGCAUCAUCGCAGGCGACUUUAACGCGCGGCAUCACACGUGGCAAGUUGGUCCCUCCCGCGGCCACGGCGGCCGCAUCGCAGAGUGGGCUGCACAAAACGAUUUAGCUCUCCUCAAUCCGAUUAACACGCCCACGAACGCCCACGGCAAUACCAUAGAUCUGGCAUUCUCGAAUAUUUCCUUAGCCGAGGCGACGGUGGAAGACCACCUUGCCACGAGCUCGGACCACUUCACUCUCAGCAUUUCUCUCCCGGCUCUCAGGCCGGCCGCACUCCCACCUGGAAAGAUUCUCCUCGCAAGCGACGAGGAACUCAAGCGGUUCACGGAGCUGGUUAUCUCAGGGGCCACGAUUAUUCCCCAGGCAACAACAACAGCUGCGCCCUGGUGGAACGAGGAAUGUGCAGCGUCUGUUGCGGAGCUCCGCUGCAUUAGACGGGGAAUCCUACUCGGCUUCAACCGCGAGGUACAGCUCGCUCGUCGCGACCUGCGGCGUGUGGUGCGACGCGCGAAGCGGGCAUACUGGCGCGACAAGGAUGUGUUCAAGCUCACGCGAUGGCUGAAGCGUGGGGUAUUCCGUCCGCCACCCCUACAGGUCGGCGAGACAAUCAUCGAGACUCAGAUCGGCAAGGCCGAGGUCUUGCGGCAUGCUACUCUCGAGCGCAGAACUGCAGACGACGACAUCUCCAACCCCUGGACACCGGCAGAAGACACCAUACCCAUCCCAUUCUCGCCCAAGGUGCCCAUCGAAGAAGUCCAAGACGCUUUGCUGCGUACAGGCAACACGUCUCCAGGGUCAGACAACAUCACGGUACGCCUGCUCCGGACGGCAUGGCCCGCUCUACGCUACCACAUCCAACGCCUAUAUCAGGGGUGCCUGUCUCUUGGCUACCACCCUCUGAGGUUCAAGGAGGCUGAAGUAGUCAUGAUCGAGAAGCCGGGCAAGCGUGACCUUUCCAAGACACGUACCUGGAGGCCAAUAUCACUGCUCUCAUGUCUUGGCAAAGGACUGGAGAGGCUUAUCGCUCGCCGCUUGGCUUGGGCCUCGAUACGAUACGGUAUCCUGCACCCACAGCAGAUUGGCGCCCUUCCAAAGAGAUCCGCGGUCGACCUAGUCGCCGCCCUCGUGCACGAUAUCGAAACAGCUCUAGCCAAUGGCCAAGUCGCUACGCUAGUCACAAUGGAUGUACAAGGAGCUUUCGACACCGUCAUGCGUAAUCGACUUAUCCUCCGACUCCGGCAACAAGGGUGGCCACCGCAUCUCGUCAGAUGGGCCGGCUCGUUCAUGCAAGACCGCUCGGCCGCAAUCCGAUUCCAGGACGUCACAACGCCAGCGUCGCCUCUUCGAUGCGGCCUCGCACAAGGCUCACCUGUAUCGCCAAUCCUCUUCGCUCUGUACAUCGCCCCUAUCUACCGCCUCGGGAACUCGGAUGGUCGAUUCGGCUACGCAGAUGACACGGCAAUGCUGCGCACCGGGCGAACGCUCGAAGAAACGACUGCUCUCGCGUCUCGAGAUAUGGAAGAACUCCUGGUUUGGGGUGCCGCCAACGGCGUCACCUUCGACCCGGACAAAACCGAGGUGAUGCACUUCUCUCGGAAGAAGAGCCCCUCCCGGCCCUCCGUAUUCCAAGGCGGUACCGAGAUCGUCCCUGGAAACUGGUCCGCCAAAGCCAGGCGAGUAGCCAACCUCCUCAAAGGCAUCGCAAACACCAAGCACGGCCCCCUUCCGCGCGCCGUCCGCAGAGCAGUCAAGGCAUGUGUCGAACCGACCUUAUUCUACGGCGCAGAGGCGUGGUAUCCCGGAGAGGUGGCGCCUAGCCUUGCAAACCCGAACCGCAUCGUGUCCACGCAAGUAAAGCACCUCGUGCUACGCCUGGACAAGGUCCUGAGACACGCCGUCCGAGCCGCCCUUCCCGUGUGGAAGACGACCCAAACCCCAGCCAUACACCGCGAAGCUGGCACGCCGCCUGCGUCCAUCGCACUCGCCGCUCAGCAGAUCCGUUUCUCGGCACGCUUGAAGUCUCUCGACGGACGCCACCCCCUUGUUAAACGGGCCUCGCGGAAACCCCCUCGGGCGCUGCACACCCGGAACCCCAGCUCGACCCGACGUGUCAAGCCAACGUUCCAAUCAAGGCUACAACGCGCCGACCAGCUCCUCCCGAAAUGCCAUCGGCCAGCGCCCCUGCCCCGCCACUAUUCCGACACAGAAGCCAGCCCUCUUCAGACUGCAAACAAAGCCGAGACCGCUGGUGACUUCCUUGAAUGGCUUGGAACCUCCGCCGCAGCCACGCUCAUCGUCUACUCUGACGGGUCGCAAUUUGCAAACGGCGCCGUGGGAUUCGGCUUCGCAGUACACCGGGACAAGCAAUAUUUAGUCCAAGGAUCGGGCCGCUUAGGCCCGUCCGAAGUCUUUGACGCUGAGGCAGCCGGUGCCCUAGAGGGCCUUCGGGCCGCUCUCCGCCUAGGCAACACAACAAGCAACGUCGUGGUCUGUACCGACAAUCUUGCCGUAGCCAGCUGUCUGCGAGGCAACCCAGCCGACUCGUCGCAGGACAAGUUCACCAAGUUCCAAGAACUGGCGACCUCGCACGGAAAUGUGCAGGUCCGCUGGAUACCAGGACACACCAACAUACCGGGCAAUGAGGAGGCUGACGGCCUCGCCAAAGCAGGCUGUCUGCAGCCCGAACCACCAGGAGCCAUGCCAUCGCUGGCCCACCUGCGCCGACGUGCGAGGCAGCAAUCGAGAGACGCCUUCAAAGCUUGGUGGUCGACCGAAGCUCCACAGUCAUACAAGCCUCUGAACCUCGAGGCGACCGUAAGCUGCCCCCCAGAACUGGCACUCCCAAGAGCAACGCUCCACAGCCUUCUCGCGGCGAGAUCUCGCCAAGGAGACUUCGCCGACUACCACGAGCGAUUCAAUCAUGACGACGCACGUCUUGACUGCUCAUGCGGACGACGCAAAGCACCAGAGCACCCAUUCUACUGCAGGAAGAUAUCGCCGCGGCUCCGGAUGAGGCAGACCCCCUCACCGGCCAAAGUGAUACACCAUGCAGUAGCAAAGUGCUUCAAAGCCUUCGUCGAAAUGACGUCGGAAAGCUCCUUCUUCCAAAGGAUUUGUCCGCGGCGUCGGCGCGCCCUCCGCUCGGCUGAGGCCCUCCACUCUAGCUGCGAGGCGGAGCUGGAGGGGAAAAGCCUUCCGAGGCCCAUCGCAAGCGAUGAGCAUAGACAGCGACGUAUCGUCGCAUGCAACUCUACAUCCCGCGGACGGUGUGAGGCUCCGACGAAAGAGCUCCUUGAGCUGAUGAGAUGCUAG